AUGUUUCAGAGGAACCAAGCCUCAGAUUCAUUAGUGCGAUUACAGAUAAUUCAAGAUUAUGGUCUCGACCCAAAUGUAUAUGCAGGGCAAUCACUCGAUGAUAGUGUUAUUCCUGAUCCUUCUUUUGCAAAUGACUUCUAUGCUAGUGGAGACGCCUCAGGAUUUGGUGAGGGCCCCGUUUAUAGUGUAAUACCCAAGGAUAAUUCAUGGUUAGUUGAUUCACCAUCAGCCCAGGCGCAUGAACAAUCUCCUUCUCAAGAUCAACAGCAGCGGACAUUACAUGAUUCGCCAGUUCAAGAACAUGUUCGUCUGCCCAAUGAUCCCGCUGCUUCAUUGACCUUUCAAAAUAAUGACAAUGAUAUAAAUAAUAUUGAGCAGAUCCCAAAUCGAGCUCAGACUCCGACCCCUCUCAAAAACAUUCCGCAUUAUUUAACUGCUCGUCGUCGAAGUUUAUCCGCUGAUAAUAUUCAUGCAAUAGCAAAAGCUCAUGCUCCAUUUGUUGACGAAAAUAAUUAUCCAAAGCAGGAAAAUGGACAAGAUUACAUAUAUAUGCAAAGAGGCGGAGAAGCAGGAGGUAUUCCUGGGUCUCAUACUAUGUUGCUCGAUGAUGCUCAUGUCAUUAAUAGUACUGGUGAUCUCCAUCAUCAUCAAUCCCUAAACAUUGCAUCGAGAGCUCGAAUGUUUAAUAGUCCAUCAACAAAUCAUGUGCAGAAGUUUAAUGAAGGGCAAGCCAGAUUCAAAGUGAAACUUCCCAGAAAUAUUCCUAAUAUUCAAGUUCCUAAUCCUGCUAUCGCUAUAAAUCCAACCGGUGCAUUACCUGCAUCAAUGAAUCUAACAGCUUUCCCUGGAGUAAUACCGGUUCCUCGACGUGGCCACAUGCGUAAAAGAUCACUUUCUGCGCCCACACAACCUUUUGCUAAUCCACAAUUGUCUGUUGGAGGUAAUGGUAUGCCCUCGCUGCAACCUGCUCCAUCAUUCCCUUUCAAUAUUUCUUCUGUUUCCCCAUCAUUUCGUAGACCUGGUGCAUUACCAAUUCAGAUUCAACGAAGUCAUAAGCAUAGUCAUGCGAGUGCUCCAAUGUCAUCUGAAGAAUAUCAGCGUAAACUCGAUGAAGAGCUAGAAAAAAUCGAUUUCGAAGAUAUAACAGUCAGUGAACUCAAAGACAUGUUGAGACAACGUGGAAAACCCGCUACUGCUUAUCCAAGGCGCUUUAGUCCCUAUGGAAGCGUCAGUAUUCCAAAUAGUCCAAGAAUGAUUCCAUAUGGAAUGGGGAAUACGAGAGCCAUAUCAAAUUACAAUAAUGGCGGAUUUGCAUUUCCGGAAGGCGUCGAUGAAUGGCAUUUUAAAAGCGCCGGAAUUGUCCGUCAUGGAUCACAACAAUUAGUAGAAAUGGAAAAUAAUGCGAUGUUUCAAAUGAAACAACCAACCACCUCAGCGGCUACUACAAAUGAAUUUGCUGCCUUUCAGCAAUCGCCAUCGUCUGCUCCACCAUUGAGAACGGAAUUUGUAAAUAACACAUAUGAAUUUAUGCGUUCAAAUCAAUUAUCGACGAUGGAAUUACCGAUUGGAAUUAACGAAGAAAUGAUGCGAAUGGAAAUUAGUGACGAUGCGACUGCUGGAUCGAAUCCAUCUGCUUCUGCUACUACUGCCGAUACAAUAAUGGUGAAACAAGAAUCGGAUGAUCCUGCUAAAGAAUUAGGAACCCAAUCUUUUGGUCUACAAACAUUAGGAUUUGAAUUUGAGCAGGACGAUCAAAUUUUUCAGCAGCCAUUAGAUCUUCAGAUGCAAUUAGAGCCUCAAGAUGAAAUGUUCUUUU